AUGCAUGAAUAUACACACGCUGUUGUUGGUAAAGUCACUCCAGCUUUGCGAAUAACUGAUAGAGCUGAUCUUAAUGAUGCGCGGCGACAAUAUGAUUGUUACCUGCGUCUUCUUAGAGAACUUAAUUUAGAAGUUGUAGAAGUAGACUUUGGUUAUACAUUUCCUGAUAAUGUUUUGCUGGAAGACAUUUCUGUUGUGUGCCACGGUAUUGCUCUGCUUACUAAACCUGAAUCCAGUAUGGAAGAUGAAAUGAUCAACAUAUUGAGGGAUGUGAUGAGAAAAGAGCUUGGUCAAACAGUGAUUGAUGUGACCGAUCCAGAUGCUAAACUUAUUGGUUCUGAUGUUAUCUUUACAGGUCGUGAAUUCUUUGUGGGUUUAUCGGAAACUAGUAAUGAAGCAGGGGCAUGUGCUGUUGCAGAAGCAUUUCCUGAAUUUCCAUGCACACCUAUAAAGAUGUCUAAGGGUGCAAAACAUUUAAAAAAAUACAUCACUGUCGCUGGAACUGACAUUCUUUGCGUUGGUGCUAGCAAAGAAGCACAGGAGCUUCUAAAAAGAAUGGAGAGGGAGGCCACAUUUUCGUACCAGACUCUGACUGUUCCAGAGGAUGAUGCUGCAAACUGCCUGUUUGUGAAUGGGACUCUUAUCCAUAGGGCUAUUGAGGAGAUACCUGAUUCUUUUAAGGUAUUUUGUGAGAAGAUUGAUUUUGCCAGGAGAUCAAUCUGCUUUUCUGAACUGGCUAAAGUGUCCACUGGUCUCAGCGCAUGCUGCCUAUUAACCAGGAAACCU